AUGUCGGUUACUCGUUCAUUCUUCGCUAAUCUGUUGAGGUGUACGGAGGUGGUGCUUGCGAGGCUAAGAAGAUGGGAAUUUGGGUUGCUGGUCGAUUUUCUUCCUCACAUUAGCCUGACAGGUACCGCUUUCAUGCGGGAGAAUACAACCCUUGGCGUCUGUAAUACCAGUCCUAAUAAGAUAAGGUUGUCGCUUUCAAGGGCUGAGGUGUCAUUAAAGCCAAUGGGACCACAACAGAAAUUGCCAGUAUUUUUAGAAAUUCCUACUUCAUUAGAUGCUAAUAUACAAACAAAUACCACUGUAUUUGUCAGAGCACAUAAUGUGGGCAAAUAUCAUAUGCAAAUAAAAAUUACAUACACUUUAGAUAAUGAGAAGCCUGUAUUUUGUAUUAAAAAUGACAAAAUUGUUAUCCUUGUUGUACAACCAUUUGACAUUACUGUGCGAUUUUUAACACUUAUGAUGAGAGAAGUUGAAUCCAUUUAUGUGGGAGAAGAGUUUGGUGUUAUGAUUUACCUUAAAUUCCUUUCAUCUUGGCCGAUUGCUAUAGAGGACACUUUAUUUGAGUUUAUUAAUCCGGUGAGUUCCACAGAAAAUAGUUCUUGUAAUCAGUUAGAAGGAAAAAUAUUUAAUAAUGAAGAAGUGGGUGCAGAAUUGCGGUUAGCAAUAUGUGAUAAACCUAUCGAACAAGUAUCCAAUAUAGGACAAUAUACAAUUAAGUGGAGAAGGAAGGAUGGCCAUAGCACAACGACACAAAUCACCAUUUGUGGUCUUCCAUGUCUCUGGAAUCCUUUAGGGUUGAAAACAAUUUCACCAGCGCAUGGUUUUGUUAGGACACCUAUGAUUUUAUAUUAUCAUUUACAAAAUAGAUCUCAACAGUUAAUCCAGUUAGAAGUUUCUAUGGAAGGAAGUGAGGCAUUCAUGUUUGCUGGAUAUAAACAG